UUAUAUUUUAUGACGUAAUGCCAUAACUUUUUAUUUUUGACAUUUUGACUCAAACUGGCGCGGCGAGACUCUCAAAUAAUGUUUAAAAAAGCAUUAAAUCCGUUGCAUCUUGUCCUUCUUUCUAUUUUUCACGAAAGUUGUGGUGUAAUAUAUACAUACGAAGAUGUAGAAUUAAGACGAAUCUUUCCGAGUGAAUUCCCGCAAGACACAAUGAGGAAAAGUGGUUCUGUGGAUGCAGAACAUUUAGGUCGCUACAAUGAGCUAAGAAAUUAUUUUCUUUAUCCUAAAGCCAAACUAAACAGUCAUUUCGAAGAACUAGUUUGCUACGAUGAAGGGGUCGCAAAGCCUUGUAAGAUUGACCUAGAGCGGUACGCGCGUGAAGAAGACAGUUAUUACAUGUCUCCAAUGAAAGAAAGCCAUUUAGACCGUCGUCGAGUCUACUGCAUGAUGUUACUGUGCUUUACAGAAGAUGAAUUAGACAGGGUUGUCGCCUCGUUCUAGAGAUAAAGACAAUGAACGUUGCGGGUAAUCUUUAGAGAGAGAAUUGAUUUUAGGCAAUAUAAUAUAAUGAAACUGAA